AUGACAAGCGAUGUAGCUCUUCCUCAAGAUGUUUGGCAACGCUGGAGCAAUCCAGAUUUUGAUGCUCUUAGACAGACAGUUAUAGUUUUUGGCGGAAAUAUUUCGAAAGAAGCUGCAAUUGAAGCUUAUCCAAAUGUUUCCCUUUACUAUCAAGAAAAUGAAGGAACAAGUAUGAUUAAAGGUACACUUUACCUCACAAGCAGUCGUUUAGCAUUCCUUCCAAAUAACACAAUCCCUCACCCGCAGCUGGUCCAACUUCGUUACGAUUUAUUACGUUCUCUUGCAGGUUUCCGCAACGAUCUUUCUAUUACAGUUAAAGAUAACACUGGAUCAGCCGCAAAUUUCAAGUUUGCUUCCGCAAAAUCCUUAUAUCAAUGUUUCCAUCUUCUCAGAGCUCUUGCCGAAGCUGUUAGAAUGAAGAACGCCGAGUGUAUCCAAGCUCUUCGUAAUCUAUCAUCAGGUUCUAAUAGAGAUGCAACUCCGUUUUCCGCGAUCGAAUUUGAUUUGCCAGAAUUUACAGAUCCAAAGAACUUAGAGUUUGUUGCACCUAAAGAGACAGCUCCUGCCAUUGACGAAGAAGAAGUACGUAAUGAUGCUCUUGUUGUCUUUUUACAGCCAAUUAAGUCAAUGAUUGAUUAUUGCAAUCAUUUGAACUUCGAUAUUCACAUUAAGCUGAGGAUUCUCUUCUUCAUCGCCUUAGUUUCUUUCAUUCUUAAAUUUAUUCCAUUAUUACCACUUUGCGCUGCAAUUGUCGUUGGCGUACAGCUUUACUAUGCAUGGAUAUUCAUUAAGAAUAAUAAUAAGGAUGAAGAUGUAAGCGAAUCCACUUCAGGACAACAUUUCGAAGGAUAUGAACAAAUUAAACAAUUCUUCCAAGAAUGGUUCAUGUGGAAGAACCAGAACAAGUGCCUGCUUUUGCUCGGCAUCUCCCUUGCUGUUUUCUUUGGUUGGCUUAUCCUUCCAGGCGAAUUUUACUACUUUAUUUGCUUCUCAGCCUACUUUUUCUUCCUCAUUCGUCCAUUGGCCCAGACUAAGAUUUACCGCCAGAUCACUAAUGGUUUCUGGUAUUCAACAUAA